AUGGAGGAAUCAAAGGUCGAAUAUGUACCGGAAGACGAUGCGCAGCUGGCUCGUAUGGGCCAUAAGCCGGAAUUGCAUCGGAACUUUUCCACCCUUUCUAUGCUUGGCUUAGCAUUCGCGGUACUUAAUUCUUGGACGGCCCUCUCUGCGAGUUUAUCGAUCAGUUUGACAUCGGGUGGUAGUACCAGUGUGAUCUGGGCUGGCACUUGCAACCUGUGCAUCGCAGCAUCCCUGGCUGAAUUUCUCUCGGCGUUCCCAACGGCGGGUGGACAAUAUCACUGGGUAGCUGGUCCUUUCCGCAUGCUAAACCGGACAGUGUCUUGGCCACAAUGGGUUCCAAUUCUGUCCUGGAUUACCGGCUGGGUUAACGUUGCGGGAUGGGUUGCUCUGGUGGCCACCAAUUCCCUUCUUUCUAGCCAGUUGAUCGCGGGAAUAGUCUCCGCGGUUUACCCGGAUUUUGAAUGGCAGCGAUGGCAACAGUUUCUCAUCUACGUGGGUAUCACAUUGGGUGCAUUUGUGAUAAACGCGUUCAUGAAUUCCGUGCUUCCACUCAUAUAUCGUGGCGCUUUUACUUGGUCGAUUGGCGGUUUCGUUCUGGUUUCUAUCACUGUGCUGGCGUGCGCUUCUCCGGAUUAUAACUCUGCCUACUUCGUAUUCUGUGACUUUGUGAACCAAACUGGUUGGCCUGAUGGCGUGGCGUGGCUACUGGGGCUUCUCCAAGGAGGAUUGGGAGUCACCGCAUUUGAUGCCGUGGUACAUAUGAUCGAGGAAAUCCCGAACCCAUCGGUCAAAGGACCUAAAGUUAUGUUAACCUGUGUUGGAAUCGGUACCUUCACCGGCUCCGUCUUUCUCAUCGUCCUGCUCUUCGUUGCAGGCGACAUCACCGAUGUGGUGAGCUCAAAAGCAGGACCUCUGCUGCAGAUUCUCCUCCACGCGACUCAAAAUACCGCCGGCGCGAUAUGUCUGCUCAUGCUACCUCUCGUUUGUCUGGUCUUCGCCACGCUCAGCGUGAUGACAACGAGUAGUCGGAUGAUUUUCGCAUUCGCUCGAGACGGUGGCCUCCCUGCAUCGCGAUUCUUCGCUCACGUUCAUCAUAGACUUGGACUACCAUUGAAUGCACUGGCAUUAACCACAUUAGUCGUUAUUAUCUUCGGUCUGAUUUUCCUCGGGUCUUCAAGCGCCUUCAACGCCAUCGUCUCCUCAUCCGUCGUAGCAUUGGAUCUCUCCUAUGCCAUGCCGAUCGCAGUCAACUGCAUCCGUGGACGGAAGACAUUACCCGAUCGGAAAUUCCAGAUCCCGAAUGCUAUUGGAUGGGUGAUUGAUAUUAUAUCCCUGUCUUAUAUUACUCUAACGACUGUCUUGUUUCUCUUCCCUCCUUCUCGCCCGGUGACGGGGAGUAGUAUGAAUUACUGUAUCGUUGCAUUUGGGAUUAUUGUCCUGGUGUCAGUGGUGCAGUGGAUUGUUGAUGGACGGAGGAAUUUCACGGGGCCUAGGGUUGAGAACUAG